AUGUUGGGCCUUGCGAAGAGAAUUGGUGCGAGGUUUCUUCUAACUAGUACGAGUGAGGUGUAUGGGGAUCCUCUUGAGCAUCCCCAGAAGGAAACAUAUUGGGGACAUGUGAAUCCUAUUGGCGUAAGGAGCUGCUAUGACGAAGGUAAACGAACUGCUGAAACCUUGACUAUGGAUUAUCAUCGAGGUGCUGAUGUUGAGGUGCGAAUUGCGCGCAUUUUUAAUACGUAUGGGCCUCGAAUGUGUCUAGAUGACGGGCGUGUGGUUAGCAACUUCGUCUCACAGGCUAUACGGAAACAACCAAUGACAGUCUAUGGGGACGGAAAACAAACACGAAGCUUCCAAUAUGUGUCUGACUUGGUAGACGGACUGGUGGCAUUGAUGGAGGGUGAACAUGUGGGCCCAUUCAACUUGGGUAACCCAGGAGAAUUCACUAUGUUGGAGCUUGCGGAGGUUGUGAAAGAAACUAUCGAUCCCAGUGCUACAAUCGAAUUUAAACCAAACACGGCUGAUGAUCCUCACAAGAGGAAACCGGAUAUUACCAAAGCAAAGGAGCUUCUCAACUGGGAGCCAAAGAUUUCCCUACAAGAAGUUCAAUUUUCAAGUGAGAUCUCGAGGUUCGUGAUGGCUCCAGCUAAAGUCGAUUCGUCCAAGAAAUCGGACCCAAAGGCUCAGGCUUUGAAGACAGCCAAGGCCGUAAAAUCUGGGGGAACAGCCUUUAAGAAGAAGGCCAAGAAAAUACGCACGAAGGUCACUUUCCACCGUCCGAGGACAUUGAAGAAGGAAAGAAACCCGAAAUACCCUCGUAUUAGCGCGCCACCUCGCCAGAAGCUCGAUCAGUACCAGAUUCUGAAGUACCCUCUGACCACUGAAUCGGCCAUGAAAAAGAUUGAAGACAACAAUACCCUUGUUUUCAUCGUUGACAUUCGUGCUGACAAGAAGAAAAUCAAGGAUGCUGUUAAGAAGAUGUACGAUAUUCAGACCAAGAAGGUCAACACUCUUAUCAGGCCUGACGGUACCAAGAAAGCUUAUGUUAGGUUGACACCCGACUUUGACGCGUUGGAUGUUGCCAACAAAAUCGGUAUCAUCUAA